UCUCUCUCACAUCGGGAGUUUGCUAUAUAAGUGUCCCCUUCGCAAUCUACCCUAGCAACCAACAAAACUUCGUUUCUUAAACCAUAUUCUCACAUCACAUGGAGUGGCAAACAAACAAGAGGAAACGUGUAUUUUCUCUGGAACCAAACAGGAACCCAACUGCUGUUUUCGCGAGAAAAUACGCAGACCGCUUAGUCCCGGCUCUCAAGAAGAUGGCCGCGAACAAGCCCUCUUCGAGAGACCACCAUCUACAGUCCAAGUUCGAACGAUACGUGAAGCACGAAGUCGACAUGGCAUUGGCCUUGUCUGCUCAAGAUUUCGCUUGGAGCCGUUUCUUGCGACAGAAGUUAUCUUGCCCUAACGACAUCACCACGAGUACUACUUCUUCUUCUAGCCCUCAGCAAACCCUAGGCUUCGACGAGAUGAAGUUUCUAGAAAGAUCCCAGGAAAAUGGAGAAGAAGAAGAAAGAGGAGGAGAGAUAAGGAAGAGGCUGAGGGAAUUGCAGAAGCUUCUUCCCGGAGGAGAGGAAAUGGGUGUGGAAGAAACGUUAAGUGAGAUUGGGAGUUACAUUGUGUGUCUUGAGCUGCAGAUGAUUGUCCUUAAAUCUCUUGUCCAAGAACCUUAAUUUUUGUGUUUUUUUGGUUUAAUAUGUUAUUAUUAAGGUCCAUUAGCUAAUUUUUCUAAAUUGAAAAUUUAAAGAUCCUUUU